AUGAAACUUAUGACUUCAGUACAGUCUUCACCUCGGUUGGGAUUUAUACCAUCUGCGCGAAAGGGUGGCACAAGUAAUGCGGCGGUCCGAACCAUGGUCCCGCUCACGGUAUACCAUGUAUGUGGUCUGACACGAUUGCCAAGACUAUUAAGCAUCGUUAUUGUGGUGUGCAUUCUGUUUGUGGAAAUGUUCUCCUGGGAACAAUAUCCGACAGUUCAAUCGAAUGACCUGAAUCAGUUUCGGUAUCUGUGGCAGCCAUGGUCAACUCUGCGACAAUGGAUUGAUUCUCGUUUCUUUCUCACCAUCAUGUUUCCUAUUCCGUGUGCCGAUGGAUUCCUAUUUCAAGAUUUACUCAAUCUGUCCGAGGUUAUUGAAAACAAGGCCUUCAGCGUGUCUACGUCCUUUGGACAAACCACCUUGUAUGCGACAGAAAAGCGUCAACAAGGAAACGCUCAUUAUCAGCAAACGCAUCUGCAAAAACAACAUCGAGUACAACCGUUUUCAUCAACAAAACUUCUGAAACAGCUGCCGCAUUGGCAAGCUGAUGCAUAUGUCGAUAACUCUGCAAAGAUCAACAAACCUUUUACCACAGAAAGAUUUGUCAAGCGGGACACAUUGCAAUCACUUAUACAAUAUGAUCCACAACAAUCGAUUUACUACGUUCAGAGGGUCGUUUACUGUGUAAUCGAUCCGUUAAGCCUGUUUGAUGCGUUGAAGCGGUGUGAAAUCCGAAAAUGUGAAGAAAAACCCCGAAUCAUUCGACCACCCGAAUCGGUGGCCACCAUUGUCGGUCAGUCGGUGCUCUUUGUCUGUUUGGUCGAGGGAAACCCAGCGCCCAAGGUUCAAUGGAAAAUAUCCGGUGCAGAUGUGUCCGAGGCGCGUUUCGGGAAAACCGUUCGAGCUCCACGCGGCUCCGUUCUUCGGGUCACAAACACCGUACCCAGUCACAACGGAGCAGUGAUCACAUGCAUGGCCACAAACGCACUGGGACGCACGGAACAAAGUGCCAAUCUGAUUGUGUACGCAGACGAGCGAGCUGCGCCUCCUGGCUACCCAAAAUUUCUCAAUUCAUUUUCCGUGAUUGUGGCCAAAAAGAAUGCCGGUGUCGAGUUGGAAUGUCGUGCCAGUGGUGACCCGCAACCCGUCAUCGAUUGGUUCAAAAACAGUGUCCCGGUCGAUCUGACAAAUCCGCGUUUUGAGAAACUCAGUGAAGGAAAUUUACGGAUAUCCAACUUGGUCGAGGAGGAUGAGGGCAAAUAUGAAUGUGCCGCCACAAAUAAUAAGGGAACGCGGCUUUCCUCCGGAGAUAACCUUCUUGUUCGAGCCAAACGAUUCCGACCACACUUCACAAACAUCCCGGCUCCUAGACAAAUUGUUCCACCCGGUGGUCGUCUAGCCUUGUCUUGUACGGCUGUCGGAGCCCCGGUGCCUACAGUAGAGUGGUAUCGAGGAAAUCGACGGUUACACCGGGAACGACUAGACCAGCAGCCACCUGGCACGGCCCGAAUUCUUCUGCUUGAUCUUUCCGAAUCAAUAAAUGUGACGUGCGUGGCAGAAUCACCGAUGGGACGAAUUUAUCACGAUGUUCAAGUGGUGGUAAAAAGACGACCGUAUUUGGCCGACUUGGGUGCAUCCCACGCACGUCUCGCGUUCGAACCGAGUAUCAAAUCAAGCAAUUCCACCGUGACAAAUUACCUGCUAUUCUGGAUCGCUUCGAAACUCGUCACAAACGAGACUCUGCACGCAAUCCCCCAGAACGUACUUGUGGCUCUGCAUAAUCCAAACAGUGCUCUAUCCUCAGACCCGUUAUUCAACGUGGAUCGAGAUGAGAAACCUCUUCGAUUCAGUUUGCUCCCACCAGUGUUGCAUCCCGUGGUUAAAGUUGAUGAGGACCAAGUCAAGUUGUUGCAAAAUGCCAGUCUAAGUGAGUCGAGCAACUCGCCGAAUCAUUUUACCGCAAUCCUGGCCUCGCUCACACUGCUGAAACCGUACACCGAAUAUACGGUCUGGGUACGUGCAGUUGGUCCCGACGGAGAUGCAUCCUUGCCCAGUCCUGCGCUCACGUUCACCACGAAUGAAAUGGGUGAGUCUCUGUCCAAGACCGUGCGUGGUGUCCUUGACAAAAUCAAUGCUCGGUGUGCAACUACUCACUCCCUUUUAUUCGGAUACAUGAUAUUCGAUUGA